AUGGUCUUUUCUUCCCCCCUCGUCCAAACCUCCGAGGAGGAGUUUCGCGAGUUCGGUCGCAAGCACUUCCCCGGCGAGCCACAGCCGACUUUCCUUCCACCGUUCGUGACGCCUUCAGCCAACCCGCAGACUCCGACCAAGACGUCUCCGUAUCCCGCUAUCUUCGAUACUGCCUACAACGCUGGCUUCACCUCAGGUGCUAGCUUCGGGCACGCCGCCGGCUAUGCCGAGGGCUACAAUGCUGCACUUGCUCAGCUCGGUAUCCACACUGCCAAAGCUGCCGCACCCGCUGAGCCGGAUCGCAACCACAUGCAGGUCGAAGUUGAAGACCAAGUCCACGCAGUUGAUGGUGAGGCGUACUACGAGGAAGAGGAAGAUUUGGGCUUCUAUUCCGAUGGCGCCAAGCGCACUAUCGAUGAUGAGGAUAUCCAGUUCUAUCGUCGCUCUGAGCUCAUGCAAAUGUUGAAGGAUGCUAAGCGCCGUGUUGCUGAGCGCAAGGAGCGCGAGGCGGAGGAGCAGAUGGAGCAUGAGGCAGACCUUGAGGCCGAGACGGAGAUGGAAGCACAGAAGAAUAGCGAGGCCCAUGAGCACGACGUCCCGGGUGCUAAGGAGUACAACGCUACCGAGCAGGCCAACCUGAAUGAGGUUCACAGCCAGACUGGACACGAUGCCAAGGUUGCCUAUGAGGAUAUCAACCCUGACGAGCCAUCUACUGGUGGCGCGUCGAUCGAGUUGACUUGCGUCAAGCCAGAUGUCGCCGGCUCUGCCGACGCCAGUUCCAAAAUCCCUCAGCCCGUGGCCAUGUCGAAGGCGGCUCUGGGCGAAGUCAUCGAGGCGGAGCACACCGAUGGACGUGCCUCGACUACACAGCUGGUUGGUGACGAGUCGUGUAAGCGCCCAAAUCCUCACAUUUCAAAGAAGAAGAUGACUGCUACUUUAGAAGCAAACAGGGGCAAGAAGCGCAAGCGUAUUACACGCGAGCCGCGUCCUGAUGAUGAUGGCAUCACCUACCGUAGGAUUGCUCGCGAGCUGGAUGAAAUGCCGAGCGAGUCGGUGGAGCUUGAUUAUUGA